AUUCACAUUGACCUUUCAGUGCCCUUGUUAGGAAAUCAGAAAAAUCGUACAUUACCACAGAAAUAAGUAGUGUUCUACAUCGACACCUGCAAAGAUAAAGAAAUUAAUAUUUAGGAUUCAAAGAAAAGGGUCUAAUAAGGUUUGGAAAAGAAUAUGUGUGUCGGAACUUUUCAGAAAAGGUGGCGAACAAGAUGGGUGUCGGGAUCUAUGUAUGGUUUUCCUUGUUUGCCUUGGUGAGGUACGGGGUUUGUGAGAGUUUUCCUUCUUUGUUGACUACCAACGCAUCCAUAGCUAUAGUUAUUGAUCGAGAAUUUCUUGCUGAAGAAUACGACCAAGCCAAAGCAGAAAUAGAUGAGUUUUUGGUAUACGCUAAAAGAGAAAUUCUAAAGCAUGGAGGUGUGAACGUCUACUUCUAUUCAUGGACAGCUAUUAAUGUUAGAAAAGAUUUGACGGCAAUAUUUAGCAUAGCCUCGUGCUAUGACACAUGGAAGCUGUUUAAAACUACGGAAGGUGAAGAUCUAGUACACAUGGCUAUUUCAGAGCCUGACUGCCCACGUCUACCUCCAAAUACUGCAAUGACUAUUCCUUUGAUAACGAGCGGUGAAGAACUACCACAGAUUAUUCUUGAUCUACGCGAAUCUAAUAUUUAUGUAUGGAAAACAUUAGUAGUUAUAUAUGAUUCUACAGUUAAUAGAGAUAUGAUCACACGCGUCAUAAAAUCUAUCACUCAAAGCAGAAACAGUAAUGCCAAAGCCACUGGUAUAUCCCUGAUGAAACUGGAUGUGAGCAUGUCUAGGAGUGAUCUACGAGAAGUUAUGUCGACCAUCAAUCCAAAAGUUCUCGGUAACAAUUAUUUAGUGAUCGCCAGCUACUACUUGGUCGGUAUUGUUAUGGAGCAUGCAAAGUCUUUGAAUCUGGCCAGUACUACCAAUCAGUGGAUGUAUAUUAUCUCAAAUACUAACAGAAAUUUCCAAGACAUUCAGAUGUUCGAGAGUCUACUGAAAGAAGGAGAUAAUAUAGCUUACCUGUAUAAUGCUAGUUUUACUACCAAUAAAUGUGUGGGAGGUAGAAAAUGUCAUAUGGAGGAACUGUUUAAAUCUUUUACUAGAGCCUUAGAUCUGGCAAUUCAAGAAGAGUUUGACACUGCGAGUCAAGUCUCUGAAGAGGAGUGGGAGGCCAUCAGACCCGUCAAAAGCGAACGACGAGAUUUUCUUUUAAAGAAUAUGAAGAAUUACCUUUCUAAGAAUGGAGUAUGUGACAAUUGUACCUACUGGCAAAUGAAGACAGGUGAAACUUGGGGUGUAGAAUACCAGACUAUCGACCAAAAAGCUCAACCAAGGCUGCUUUCUGUGGGAACAUGGAGACCAAGCGACGGAGCUGAAAUGACUGACGAGUUAUUUCUACACGUUGCUCAUGGAUUUAGAGGAAAAGUUCUGCCCAUGAUAACAUUUCAUAAUCCACCAUGGCAGAUUCUAAAAUUCAAUUCAAGUGGUGAUGUUAUAGAAUACAGUGGACUAAUUUUUGAUGUGAUUUUUGAGUUGUCCAGAAACUUAAACUUCACAUUCCGCCUUGAAAUUGUCAACAAAACUGAUACGGGAAGUUCUAACUCUACUUCUUACGAUACAAAUAACGACUUGACCAAUAAAGUGCCAAAAAUUUUAGUAGAUUUAAUAAAAAACAAAACGGUAGCUUUGGGAGCAUGCGCAGUCACAGUCACCGACGACAUGAAGCUAAUGGUAAACUUCACCAGACCGAUCACUAUUUUGACCUAUACGUUUUUGGUAUCCAGGCCCAAAGAGCUCAGCAGAGCCUUGCUCUUUAUUUCUCCGUUCACUAUGGAUACAUGGUUGGGCCUAGCCACUGCUAUCGUAUCAAUGGGGCCGCUACUGUACUUUAUCCAUCGUCAUAGUCCUGUUUAUGAAUAUAAAGGAAUAGCUAUGAAAGGAGGUUUAGCAUCGAUCCAAAACUGCAUAUGGUACAUGUAUGGCGCUUUACUACAACAAGGCGGAAUGCACCUACCAUACGCAGACAGUGCCCGAUUACUCGUAGGAGCCUGGUGGCUGGUAGUACUUAUAAUGGCUACCACAUACUGCGGCAAUCUGGUAGCCUUCCUCACUUUCCCCAAAAUCGACAUCCCCAUAACUACGUUGGAAGAUCUAAUCGCACACAAAGAUACAGUUAGUUGGAGUUUCAGGGAAGGUAGUUACUUAGAAAGGGAAUUGAGGGCAUCAAAUGAACAUAGGUACAGAACUAUCUUCGAAGAAAGAUCAAGGCAUGCAUCUACCGAUGAUGAUGCUAUUAUACAAAAUAUAGAAGACGGGAAACAUGUUUAUAUCGAUUGGAAGAUGAAACUACAAUUCAUUAUGAAAAAACAGUUCAUGAAAACAGGUCGCUGUGAUUUUGUUUUAGGUCUUGAGGAAUUCUUUGAUGAAAAAUUAUCUCUGGUAGUAGCUCCAGAAUCUCCAUAUCUACCUAAAAUUAAUGAAGAGAUUAAAAAAUUACAUCAAAUGGGAUUGAUAGAGAAAUGGCUAAAGGAUUAUUUGCCAAAGCGGGACAGAUGUUGGAAGAACAGGCAUCUCAUUGAAGUAAACAACCAUACAGUGAAUCUGGAUGAUAUGCAGGGAAGCUUUUUUGUGCUGUUUAUGGGUUUUACAGCGUCUCUACUGAUUCUGUUGUUCGAAAAACUGUGGAAUAAACAUUUCGGCAAACACAAGCAAAAGACUAUUCAGCCAUUUGUGACAUAAACUAGUAGAAAAGUUUAAUAGUUUCAGUCCACAACUGAAUUCGUGGAGUAUUUUAGUGUACUUAGAUGUAUUAAGAUUAAAACAAAAAUAUUGUAUCAUAUGAAUAGUAAAAUGUCAGAAAUAACUA